UCAGAUACAAUCGAUAGCGUCGAAGAAUCGCGGAACGGGAGAGGCGGCCGCUGCCUCACUUCACUCGCGUCCAGCUGUCAGUCGUGUUCCCUCGCACUCUCGCGUCGUGUCGCGUGUUCCUCGCGUGUUCUGUCAUGUCAUGAGUGCGUGUCGCGUCGACGUAAAGGAGACCCAUUGCCGAUUCAUCAUCCGCGAUCACACCCGCGUUUACGCUGGCCGCGACAUCGAUGAAUAAGAUGCGCCUUGAAAAUGUUGCAAGAGGGAGAUGAAGCCCUGUACGAGAUCGCGUCCGAUCCGAAGGGAGAAGAAAUCCAAAAACUUAGUGUUAUACAAAGUCUACCAAGUCUUCUAGCUACCGACACACAAUCAUGUAUGUCUCGAGUGGUACCUAAGAUGCAGCAGUCUCUGGCUACUGCAUCAACCGAGUUUCACAUAGCAGCAUCAUCUACCUUUAAAACAAUUUUAGAGCAAAAGCUUGUCAGCCAUAAUGUUUUCAGUCAGACAUUCCUUCAAAGUAUAUUAAAUUCUCUGGAGAGUCGUGAUCCAGUUAUCUGUCACGCAUGGUUGGAAACCUUACUGGAUGUGAUAGAGUUACUGCCGGUAGAAGUCAUAAGAGUACAGAUUCUUCCAUUGACUAUAAGUAAAGGACAGUUGUCGCAACCUGUCUAUUCCAGGAUAACAUGCAGCAGAUUAUUGGGAAAGAUUUGCACGAGAUUUGAUUCUGCUAUGAUACAAAAGGAAGUUCUACCUACGGUACACUCUCUCUGCCAAGAUGUAAAUAGCGACGUGCGCGCUAAUAUUUGUUUGCAAUUACGUUUCGUUGCGGAGGGCCUCGGUGCUGAGUCUGUGAAACCUGCUUUACUACCGUCUCUAGUAGAAUUAGCAAGUGACGAAGAAAGCAAUGUAAGAUAUGCCUCUGUACAGACAAUAGUGUAUUUACUACCUCAUCUUCAGGAAGAUACAAUAAAAAAUAUAAUAGCACCGCUUGUUAAAAAGCUAUGUGAAAAUGCAGCUAAAUCAGAAGAUAAUGUGAUAUGUAUAAUAGCUCAAGAAUUGGGAAAGCUUGUACUUGGCCUAGAAAAGUGUUUAACUACAUCAGAAAAAAAAUGGUUCUUAAAAUACUUUCAACAACUUGCACAAAUAGGAAUACUAUUACCGAAGAAAGAGAAGCCACAAUUUACAUUUAUUAGCAGCAGUCCUACACAAGAUGAAAGAUAUGUUGAAUGUAGAAAACAUUGUGCAUUUAAUUUGCCUGCAAUGUUUAUUUUUAUAUCAAGCUCUUCAGAAGAUGUGAAUGCAUUACUUACAACGUUUGAUGCAUUAGCAAGUGAUCAUUAUUAUAUGGUUCGGAGAACUGUUGCAUGUGGAAUUCAUGAAGUAGCGAAGGUUUUAGGACCGAAGAGUGCACAACAGAUAAGAGGAAAUUUCAUAAAAUUAUUGAAAGAUGAUUCGGAGGAAGUGCUUCAAGGAUUAAUUCCACAUAUAGGAUUGACGUUGGAAUGUUUAACCGAAAAUCAAACUAUUCGAACAGAUAGAGUGGAUUCUACUCUCAUGGAAAUAGGUAAAGCCUUGUUAAAGUGUGAAGCCAAAGUCGCAGGUACACAUAAUUGGAGACUGGCAUCGUUGAUGCAUGCGCAGUUAGAAAUUUUGCCUAAAUGUUUUCCCAGUGAUUUUAUAUACUCGUACUUUGUGCCAAUGGCUUUCUCCAGAAUUUUGCACGCACGACCGAUACCGGUACGUCUUGCUGCAGGAAUACUUUUUCUUGUCCUUCUACGAUACAACAUGAAAUCUAUACAAAGAGCAGAACUACGUAAUAGACUCAUUACGGAUUUAGCUAAUAAUCUUGAUUGUUAUGUGAGAAUGAUGUUUGUCCGUAUGAUGAUUGAAGCGCUGGAAAUCUUUUCUUCCGUUUACUUUAAGGAACAUUUUUUCAAUGUUGUAUUAAGCCUGGCCGAAGAUCCGGUAGCUAACAUAAGAAUGAAAGUAGUAUCUUUACUGCCACAACUAAAAAGUCAGCUGUGGAUACCAACUGAUAAAAAAUUACUGACAUCGUUGGAGUCAAUUGUGAGGCAUUUGGUUAACAACGAAAAAGAUAGAGACGUACUAUUUAUUUUAAAAAGCGUCACUCAAAAAUUAGACGAAAUGGAUGUCAAGUAUGAAGGCCAGAGUUUAACAACGAAGCUUACUAAACAAGACAUAGAAGAUGCCAAAAGAUUGGAAGAAGAGAAGAAAUUGUCGGGUGUAGGUGUAGGAAAAUCGACUGGAACUAUAGUAAAGAAAGGUUGGACGAGAACAGGAACAGAUGGUUCUGCAAGAGGAUUGCAAUCAAAAGGUGAGCGUCCACUGAUGAACAAUGAAGCAUCAUACGAAACAAAGUUGUUAUUAAUGAAAUAUGGAGCUGCACCAUCGCGUCAAACAGUCGAAAGCUUAAAAACAAGAAUUCUACUAACGCAACCUUGGGAAAGAGUAGAAUAUUUCAAUUCUCAUACUAACACAUCGCAUCUUAACUUUGAGAAUGGAUCGUCCAAUGAUUAUAUCACGCAAAAGCUGCAAUGUAACUGCUCCAAGUUAGCCGUAUUCCAGGCUCUCUUGCAAUUGCCGGAUACGUGCGAGCAAGAAUAUAAGAGCAGCGACGUUUCCCAAUGUGGUUCGUAUUACGAUACCGACGACGAUCGUGCAAAGUUUCGAAAGCAGCCGAUUCAAGCGAGCGAAUAUAAUAACUCUUCUGCUUCCGCUUCGUCAAAACCUUUCCUUCUGUCGUUUGUAAAAGAAGAUAAUACAGAGCAAGAGUCGCAGCAGCAGCAUUCCCUACUAACGGGGCGGGAUUACUCGCGUGAAUUACCUAACAUUACUAACAUCGGCGACAAGGACAGAACGCCGAACUUCGCCGGUCUGAGAGCACUGACGGACGCGGCUCACUAUAACUCUUGUUGGGCUUUUAGCUCUAUGCCGGAAAUACCCUUGAUGCAGUCCGACGAUGAAUUCUUAGUGGACGCCGGUAUCAGGAUACCUACGCAAUUCUCCACUUCCCCAAGCGCAUCUAAAAUCCCGCAUUUGCAAGAUUUCAUCACCACGAGGAGACGAUCAAACAACAGCACGGUUCGACCUAGGCGAGGCAGCGUGAAUUUCGACAAGCCCCAAGAGCCCAAGUUUAAGAGACAUUCCUCUGUUGAAUACGAGGACUGCAUGAAACGUAGAACGAGUGAAAAUGAUGACCCGUCGAUGAGAAGCACUUCGAUAGAUUACGAGGAAGGUUUGCAGCAGCGUAACAUGUUGAAGAAGAAUCUCGGUAGUGAUCGGCAGUUGUCUAAGAUUAAAAGAUAUUCCGCGCCGUACGGAAGAGCUAGAUUCGGAUGGGACGCCGGCCAAGAGAGAUCUCUGGACGAUAAAUUUAAGAGAAAUUCCUUGAUACUUGAUAAGGACAAUUUAAGAUUUGCCAGCUCCAAGUGCGUGCUAGAUCGCACGAAACGUCAUUCCACGAAUUUUAGCUUGAGGCUACCCGAUUCUACUAAAGAAACGAAGCAAAACUUCAAACGUCUCAGUCUGGAGGAACAGACAACGGUACGUCGAGUUAUAAAGGGAUACUUCUCAACAUUGGAUGUGAACCAUAAUCAAGGUCUUAGCAAAAUCCCCUUGAGAAAUGUCGGGUCCCGUAGCAGAACCGCCCCCGCUACUAGAGCAUCAAGCCCUGUACACGUGGAAUCGCGAUUGAGAUUCGACUCGAUCGAGAACUGUGAUGACAUACCAAGUUCUACUACUAGCGACAGACAUUUAAGUAGAUUUAGCUCGAGCGACGAGGAAGUCGACAAAUUGUGUAGGAUGCUGUUACAUUCACAAACGGAGAAUGUUAUGGCACAGAGUAGUACAAGCGGAACACCAAGGAGUAGAGGAAGGUAUCCUAUUCAUUUGUUAAUGAAGAAAUUAUAAAACGUAUUUUUUUUUGCCUGUUAGCUAUCUUUUAUAUAAUUUCUAUAUAACUUCUUCUAUGACUGCAUUUAACUACUAUAUGUUUAUUUUCAUAUGCAGAUUUGCAAAUUUAUUUAAAACAGGGCUAAAUGAACUGGCGAUAAUACAUAGCAGCUUUGAAAUUUCUUCGCAAAAUUUAUGAUUGAAUAUAAAUUUGAUUUCACGUGAUUAAUUUUUCAGCACCACAAACGUACAACGCUGUUGCAAGUAAGCGGAUAAGAUUCUUAUAAUAUUGAAUGUCCGAAAUUGUAAGCUAUGAUGUUAUUUACGGUAUUAAUAUACAUUUUUAUUUAUUUUUAAAACUAUAAUGUACACAUAUGGUUGUAUACUACCAUUCUUUCAAAUCUAAAAUCACAUAUCUUAAUGUAGAAUAUCAUCGAUGAUUCUGAUUCUGAAAUAAGAGAUUCCAAGAGAAAUCACAAAUAGUAUAAAUAAUAAAAUUACAAUAUCUGGAACGUUACGGCCAUAUAAGAAUUAUUUUGAGAAUGUGUACAAACUUAAAUUGCAUAUUGGCACUAAUGAACUUUAGUUUGCAAUGCAUGAUAACUUUAUAUAUGUCCUAAUUAUAUUAGCACAUAUUUAUUAUUAUCAUUGUUUCUAAUUCAUAUGCUCUAAACAGGGUAUAUUUUUAUAAUUCAUCGAGUAACUACAAUUUUUCUGCAUUGUGCCUUUUCUACGCAUUAGUAGUUUGCAUUAUUUAUUUAACAUAAUGCAGGUAUCUGUAUAUAAAGUCUCAUUUUACGUAUUAUUCUUAAUUUAUGGAAUAUUUUCUAUCCGAUUAAUAAUAUUUAGAAUCAUAUUAAGAAGAUUCUCUCAAAAAGUCUUUAUAUUUUAUUUGGUAUUUUUAAUUUGAAAUUUUAUGUGCAUAAUUAUUUAUAUAAGUAGUUUUGUGAAAUGUUUAUUGGCGAUAAGAGAUGCGUUUUAAGAAUGUUUAGACUUAAUAUAAAAUUAAUUGCCUAUGAAAUGGCCCUAUGUACUUAUAUAAGUAAAGUAAUAUUAUAUUGAUUUUUUUAGUAAUUUUUUUAUUAUUUGCUAAAUCAAAUUAUGAAGAGAAAAAUAUGCACGCUUAUUUCGAGAAAGACUGUUUUUUAGAUUCUGCGAUUUAAAAUUAUAGAUAAAAAAAUCAGAAGGAGAGAUAUUUCAUUUAUAUUUUAUUUGAAAGAUACAAUAUGUUUAAUAAUAUUGGCCUCUAACACACUAAGGCUAUAAUUUCUAAUAGUAUUAAAAAUGGUUGUUAUUAAGAGAAUGAGUUAUUCUAGAUUUUAGGAGAAAACAUUACUAAAUGAAAAUAUUAAAUUUAUUAUAAUAGCGAGCGCUAGAAUCUAGUCUGCAUAGAUAUAAUCUAUGGAAGAUCUGGAAGAUAUAGUCAUGAUUUAAGAAGAAACAAUUUGUUAUUUUUAUUUAGUUUACACUUUUAUGUUACCAGCUAUAUACAUAUAUAAAAUUUGAACGUAUGUAUUUAGUUCAAUUCGUAGAUCUCAAAUUAUGACUAUAUUUUCCCAAUAUAUGUACAUUCAGAGUGUCCAAUUAAUGGUGAAUAUUUUUGGAACAAUGCAAAGUAUUAUCAGUUUUUCUAUUUUUCAAAUGUAUGGUUUGUCGGAAUCCUUUUUAGGAAUUGAGAGAAGAUUUACAUUAAUAAAUGCUUUAGAAUUUUUACAUUGAUAUUUUUUUAAGUUAUAUUUUUCUUUGUAUACACAAAUAUUUUGUGCACAAACUAUUGUGAUUUCAACGAGAUUUUAAAUAGAUAAAAUUUUGCAUUUUAAUUUUAAUUACAUGCUGCAUUUUCAUCAAGAAAAACAUCUUCUUACAUGACAGAAAAGAUUCCAUUAAAUCAUAAGUUUAAAAAAGAAGAAAAUCUACUUUGCAUUUUUAUAAAAAUGUAUAAACUUCUGAUAUUUUUAUUAAAGUCUCUUAUAAGAAAGAGACAUAUAUGCAUCUAGAGCAUUUAAAAAAUUGUUUUUAAUUUUCUUGCUGCUAGUGUUGCCUAUUUUAUUGCUAUAUAUACAUAUAAAUUAAGUUUAAAGAAAUAUAAAAUGCGAUUUGUCCUAAUAAAAAAAGCAAAAGAAUUUAAGUAAGUUAUAAAAAAAGGAAAAAACUUUAGGUUUUAUAAAGUUUGCAUCAAUUCUAUAUUGGAUAUGUUAAUAAGUCUUAAUUGAGCUUUUAAAUAUAAUUGAUCGAAAAAUUUUUAAACCAAAGAGAAGUGUUAAUAAUACAUGUUAACGAGGUACAAAGUUUCGAAGGCAUUAUAUACUUGUAUAUACAAAAUAUCUUUCAAAAGAUGUAUAGACGAUUAUAUUAUUAU